AUGCUGCUCUCGCGCGCACCGGCGUCUCGCGCCUUCGCAUCAACGCUCACCAUGCGGCCUCUGACAACAUCAAGUCGACUCCUUGCCAAGGAUCGCCCUGUCCGUCACAAUCCUCUGGUCGGAAACUACACUCCUCCCAAACCGCAGACCGCAACGCCGACGGAGGAGCCACCCGUCAGCACCGAGGACCCCAAAUCAUCGGAACCGCCCGCGUCCAGCGCAGAAGUCCCCCCCAACGCCGACAUGCCACCGCCCCCUCCGCCUCCACCGUCCGCUGAAGCUGCGACGAAUGCGAAGCUCGGAGAUUCGAAGAAGCCAGCGGCUUCCUCGCCUUUUGCUUACGACGCCACCCGUCACGUCGACAUUCACAAAAUCGUCUCGGAGAAGAUGGAGCCCCUGGUGGCUACCACCUCCGCAGACCCCCUGAAGCAGCCGCGCAUGCGUACCGCUCCUGUUGCCGGACGUACCGUCUUUGUCGACCAGUCGGUGGGACUACCGGCUGCUCUCAAGGCUCUGCAACGCCUCGUGUCCCAGAGCAAGAUCAAGCGGCUCGCUACUCUGCAGAGGUUUCACGAGCGACCAGGCAUGAAGAGGAAGAGGUUGAGGAUGGCCAGGUGGAGGAGAAGGUUCAAGGAUGGUUUCCAAGCGACGGCGCGACGGGUGCGCGAGAUGAAGAAGCAAGGCUGGUGA